AUGCACAGAGAGAGACACACACUGCAGUAUCCAUUUCAGCCCCAAAACCAGAGAGACACGAGGAAUCAAUCCAUCAAUCGUCCCGACGAGAGCGGCACGAAGACCCUGCUGGCCAACAACAUCGCCAGGGCCGCCCUGAUCUCCGCCAUCGUGUGCACGUCGCUCUUCGGCAACGUGCUGGUGCUGAUGGUCUUCCACCGCAAGCCCCAGCUGCUGCACGUGGCCAACCGCUUCGUGUUCAAUCUGCUGCUGGCCGACCUGUUCCAGACCGUGCUGGUCAUGCCCCUGGUGAUCGCGGGCAGCCUGCCCGAGGCCUGGCCCUUCCUGGACACGGGGCUGUGCUGCAAGGCUCUGGUGGUGCUCAUGCACCUGUUCGCGUUUGCCGGAGUCAACACCAUCGUGGUGGUCUCCAUCGACAGGUACCUGGCCAUCAUCCACCCCCUGUCCUACCCCGCCCGGAUGACCCCCCGCCGGGGCAGUAGCCUGAUCCUUCUCACCUGGUUCCUGGGCGCCGCCCAGAGCGCGCCGCCGCUGUUCGGUUGGGGUCAGAUCGGCUUCGACCGUCACCACCUUUGCAGCCUGUUCUGGUCAGCCAGUCACUCUUACACGGUGGUCAUCGCCCUCCUGACCUUCUGGUUGCCGGUGGCGAUCAUGCUGGGCUGCUACUGGAUGGUCUUCAGAGCCGCUCGCAGGCAGAACGCUUUGGUCCACCCAACUCAGGCGCCAAGCGCCUCGGUGUCCAGCUCGGGGCUCAGAGCUCGCCACCGGCGCCUCCACAACCACUGCAAAGCCGCCCGGGUGGUCUUCGUCAUCGUGUCGUCCUACAUCCUCAGCAUGGGACCCUACAGCAUCCUGAGCACUGUGACCAUCCGCAGCCCUGCGCCCCCGCCCCAGUGGCUGACCACCUCGUCGCUGGUCCUGUUCUUCUUCCAGUGCUGCCUCCACCCGUACAUCUACGGCUACAUGCACCGGAGCGUCCGGCGCGAGUUCCUGUCGCUGCUGUGUGACUCGUGCCACGCCCGGCGGCACUCUGAGCCGGACAGCUGCUUCAUGGCGACCGACGGGAGGCGGAGGACCGUGCGCAGGCAGCUCUCCGCGGGCAGCUCUGGUCAGGUCCGCGCCCGCAAGUUUUGGGGGGAAGGAGCCACGUGUGCCUCGGUCACCGGCUCCAGCACCACCGGCACCGUUACCGGCCACGCCAAGUCGCACCCUUGCCGCAGGGAAACGCUCUCAACCAGUUGCAGCUCCGAGAAAGAAUUGCAUUUGUUGCCCACCAGCAGCCGGAUAGAGGAAUGA